UGUGAAGACCGGUACCAGUUCGCGGGACCCGUGUGACAUUUUCGCUCCUGUGGCGGACGAGACCCGAGAUUCAAUGGAUGUCAAGAAGGAGAAUCAGGAGAAACCUCCAAACUCAGGUAUAUCCUCUGUGCAAAAUGUUUUCCAGGCAAACCUUUUGCCCCUUGUUUAUCUGUGGUACCUGUCCUGCCAGCCCCACUCUUGGGGUAGUUCACCUAUGACUUUCUGUUCCUACAGGAAGACAGCCUAUAGAGAUGAUUUCCACUGGGAAAAUUACUUGAAAGAGACUGGAUCUUUGAGUGCCCCUUCAGACUGUUUCAGACAGUCCCAGGUUCCACCAGCUAAUGACUUCAAAGUUGGCAUGAAAUUGGAAGCCCAUGACCCUCGCAAUAUGACUUCGAUAUGUAUAGCCACAGUUGUUGGAAUUACUGGUGCCAGGCUACGUUUAAGACUGGAUGGUAGUGACAACAGAAAUGAUUUUUGGAGACUUGUUGAUUCUCCAGACAUACAGCCUAUUGGGACAUGUGAAAAGGAAGGGGACUUACUUCAGCCUCCACUGGGUUAUCAGAUGAAUGCAUCAUCCUGGCCAAUGUUCCUCUUACGAACACUGAAUGGAUCUGAAAUGGCACCUGCAACAUUCUUCAAGAAGGAACCACCAAAGCCACCUUUAAAUAAUUUUAAGGUGGGGAUGAAACUUGAAGCAAUAGACAAAAAGAACCCUUAUCUGAUCUGCCCUGCAACUAUUGGAGAUGUUAGAGGAGAUGAAGUUUAUAUCACAUUUGAUGGCUGGAGUGGAGCUUUUGAUUAUUGGUGCAAGUACGAUUGUCGAGAUAUUUUCCCAGUUGGGUGGUGUCGCCUGACAGGAGACAUAUUACAACCACCAGGAACUAAUGUGCCUAUUACAAAGAAUAUAGCAAAAACACAGUCUUCUGUUUCCAAAGCACCCCAGCAUUCAAUGCAGACUCCACAGAAAACUGCUGUAAUAUUACCAACACAGCAGAUCAGGAAAUCAAGCCGCAUUAAGCCACCUCCACAGACUUCAGUCCCUACAAAGGGAAGUGCUGUUAAAAAUCUCACACCAAGGAAGAAAGGCCCCAAAAAGGAAAAAUAUAUUCCUGUUUUGUGUUCUACAUCUUCAGCUUCUAUAAAUUCCCUGACCAGAGACCGUCGUGCUUCAUAUAAGGAUGUUACUCCUGGCACAUCUAAAAUAGUGAUGUCAACAGUGUGUGUCUAUGUAAACAAACAUGGAGAUUCUGGCCCUCACUUGGAUCAUAAGAAAAUCCAGCAGCUGCCUGACCACUUUGGCCCGGGCCCUGUGAAUGUGGUGCUCCGGCGGACCGUGCAGGCCUGUGUGGAUUGUGCCAUCCAAAGUAAGACUGUUUUUGGAUUUCUUAAGCCAGAUCAUCGUGGAGGAGAAGUGAUAACUGCCUCCUUUGAUGGGGAAACUCACUCAGUCCAGCUCCCUCCAGUGAAUAGUGCCUCAUUUGCUCUGCGUUUUCUUGAGACCUUGUGUCAUAGCUUGCAGUGUGAUAACCUUUUGAGUAGCCAGCCUUUUAGCUCUUACAGACGUAAUACUCCUAGUCCUGCAGAGCACGAUAAAAAUAAGUCAGUGAAAGAAGAUCUAACAGAAAAAAGCCCCAAGCGACCUUCUCAGGAACCUCCACCUUAUGUUGUUCCUGUGUCACCUAAGCUUCCCAAAACAAAGAUGCAUGCCUCUACAGAAGAACUACUGUCUAUAGAGGGAAAUGGCAUGCCCAAAGAGGAAAAGCUUCCUGAAGAUUCCAAGAACUCACCACUAAAUCCAGGAAGUUCUUUAAGCCCCAGCAGCAGAAAUCCCAUAAGUACCUCUACUACCAUCACUAGGAAUUUUUCUCAAAGUGUGCCAGGCACCUCAAGUUCACCACUAGUGGGGACCAAAUCUACCAAGAGCAGUCACCAUGAAGUUAAAUUCCAAAUGCAGAAGAAAAGCGAAGCUCCAAGUUAUAUAGCUGUACCCGACCCCAGUGUCCUGAAACAAGGCUUCUCUAAGGACCCUUCAACCUGGUCUGUGGAUGAAGUGAUACAGUUUAUGAAACAUAAAGAUCCUCAGAUAUCAGGCCCCCUCGCCGACCUCUUCAGGCAACAUGAAAUUGAUGGAAAGGCCCUGCUACUCCUCAAAAGUGAUGUGAUGAUGAAGUACAUGGGUCUGAAACUGGGGCCAGCAUUAAAGUUAUCAUACUACAUUGAAAAACUUAAAGAAGGAAAAUACAAUUGAAAAAAAUUUAAACCUCAAUUUAAGUUGGAUGGAAUUCUUAUUCUGAUAACUUUUAAUUUAAAAAUAUUUUUAUUCUCUAAAAAAAAAAACAAAAAAAUACUUUUAUUCUCCUAGCAGCUUGUGUUUGGUAGACAGUUCCUCUAAAAAUAGGUUAUAUCCAGAAUUGCAGAACAUUAUACUCUAAUCUACUUUAAAAACCAUUUAACAAAAAAAAGAAAAAAAAAUUAAUGUGUUAGUUAGUAUUAGCAUAUUCAAAUUGGGAGUUCUUUAUGUCAUUAUUUUACAGUUUACAAUUUAUCAUUUUAUUGUAUAGUUUACAGAUUUAUUUUUCAUGCUAGAAACAGAGAAACACCUUUGAUUUCAGUUCAUGUUUCUAUAUAGAACCAAAACAGCUAAAUCCCAAAGGGGAAAGUAUCAGGGACUGACACAUUCUCUAAUGAAAUCUGUGAGAAGUUUUCCUUAGAAGAGAAUAUAAGAUGCAAACGUAGAUAUUAUCUCUUUCUCCCAAAUAUUUUUUUGUCUGUUACUGCAAUGUUCUGGUCAUGUUCUGCCAGUUUCCAGAAAGGGAAAGCCAUAUAAAUUAUUUUCCUUUUGUUAUUAUCUCUCUGUAUGUUGUAUUUGUUCAUAUUUAAAGAAAAAGAGCAAGCUUAUAAACCCUCAUAAAGUGUUCUUAAUCGAUUUUUGAUAAACUUUGAACAAUUAUAGGAUAAAUAGGAUGGUUGUUUUAUGCAGGAGAUAUUAUACUACAAGGGUGGUUUGGAUGGAGUCUGAUUAAAUUUUUUUCAAUAAUAUACCUAUUACUUUAAAACAUUACAUAUUUUCGCUAAGCGUAGAUGUUUAACUGGGCAUUCAUUUCUCACAUCUCUAUAUGAAGACACCUGUGCCCAAAUUUUUUAAAGAUAUAUAUUUUAUUGUCUGUGUUUAUUCUUCAUAUGGAUACUAUACCAUAUUUAUAUAUUAUUCUAUACCUGUAGGUAUACAAACAAGUAAAUCUGUUCUUUUUGAAUUUAACAUGGCACUUUGUACUGCCACAGAGGUAAUGGUGAACUAUUUAUAGAGUUAGAGGUUUUUAUUCUGUAAAAAAUAUGUGCAUCAUUUGCUAUUACUAUUACCUCUCAGCUUUGUCUUCAGGGGAUAAGAAACAAUCCGGAGGUUGGUGUUCAUACAGGGAAGCUCUCUGUCCUAUGCAAUGUUUCUAGUUAAUUUGCUUAGCUCUGAGCCAUUUAUUUUGCUAAAUUUUGGAAGAUGCAUUAAUUCUGACAUCAUUUUAGGCUUUAUUUUUAAAGUUAGAACUUUCAAGGGGAAAUGGUGCUAUAUGUUUAUUGUAAUUACUUUGUAUUAACUUUGGUGUAAUGUUUAUAAGCUAUGAGAAUCUGUGCUAAAAGUCUUAGCCAUUUGUUGUGAAUGCCAAUAAAAUAUACACCAGGGGCAUGAAUGUACAUUUUCAGAAAACCAAAUGUACUUUAUAUAAGAAUGCAACUAUUUAAAGGGUGUUUUAUCUGUUAUUCUUUUUGUGUUAUAAGACAAAAUUCUAAUUUAAACCUGGUCUUUUUUCAAAUUGUUUGUGUGAAGAUGCUGUGCCCAGUUGAACAGUCCUCAGGUGUUUGUAUGAAUACUGUGUUUUACAAUUUUCAGAUUUUAAAAUAUAAUAAAGUUUUAAAACCACAAUAA